AUGCAAGCGAUUGCCGUUCUCGCUAUCCUCGCGAUCGUGAAUAUUGUGGCAGGCGAAGGAGUCGGCGUGUUUCCUAAGAAUGCUGUUUGGGAAUUCCUAGAUCUUCGAAAGAUCAACAAUAAUAUGACCCUGACUUUAGCAGAGCGAAGACAGAAGAAAAUGGAAUGGGCAGAGAAGUUCGGUGUGAAAAAGCAAUAUACAGAUUAUGUUCAAAAGAGAGCAUCUAUGGUGGAUAAAACCAUGGCAUUCUUGGCUAGUUUGCCAAAGUUGUACAAACAAUAUUGUGACACGUGGGAUGGCGCUAAGCUCUUCAAAGAUAUAGAAGCGGAACAGAAGAAACUUGCUGCUAUGUAUGAGAAGGAAUUCGCCGUCAUGAAUCUUGCGAAGGAUCUUGUGGAACGGGAAGAGCAUAAAAUAUGA